AUGCGGUAUACAACGAGCUCAAGCCCUUCUUCCCAAACCACGCCGUGCGGCCGUGCAGCGACUCGGAGCUGCUCAUCCUUACCCCUGGUUCCUAUCGAGACUUUACCACCUGGUGAAUAUAGCGGAUUUUACGUCAGGGAAUGGAACAUUGACCGCCAAGAUUUCAACCGUCUCAAGGAGUACCUUCGAGAACAUGACCAAUCCUUCAUAGAGUUGGAACACUGGGAACCUCACGUCCUCGCUCAGGGCCAUAUAGUCGUUCGCUUCGUUGCGUCUGGAACGUACCGUCUAGUCGUUCGCUCCUGCGGGGACAGAACUUACAGCGACUCCGUCAUUAUCCCUGACAAGGAUCUGAAAACCUUCGUUGGCGUCUAUCAUGAGUUCUUGGAGGGUCUCAAAAUCGUUUCGCCCAGAGUGGCCAAGGAGGUGAAAGUCUGCUUCCUCGAUGGUGUAAAUCACUUCCCGAGUAAUCGGAAGAUGUUCCACUAUCUUUAUUCAGCCUUACUUGAGCUGUUCGACACGCAGUUCUUGCUCAACCGUCACAUAUCGUUUCCACCGAAGGAAUUCUUCAAUCGCCACGCCCAAUUCUGUCACGAUCAAGCACCUGAAUUUUUCGACCGAACGGCUCGCAAUAAGAUGACCUGCUCCACUCAAACUGCGAAUACUUUGCGAAGUUUUUUCAUCGAUGUCUUGGUCUGGGCUUGGGACAAUACGGUCCACGACACGAUAAAGCUGGAGCUAUCCACGAUAAUGAUACGCAUGAACGACGCGACUCCAUUGAGGUUUCAGGGGAGGACUCUCACGGUGCUUUUCGGAGCACAGAUGGACCCUGACGAUCGUGCAGCGAAAUUGAGUUUCCAUAAAGGCAAUUCCCCGGCGAGUAUGCUGACGAGGUGGGUGCUUGAGGGUUUUCAAGAGUGUGAAGGGCUGGAGGCACCACCUGACGAGGAAUUCCUGAAGCGAUAUCUCAACACUGUUCUGCCCUUUAUCUGCCUGACAAUGGGGAAGCGAAUGGCAGAUAUCAUCAGAAAACUACCUCUCAGAGAACUCCAGGCCUUCACCAAUAGAGGUUUUUUGAACGCCAUCGGCGAGGCACGGAUGAUGUGUUGUGGCGGUCUCCAUUUUAUCCACAUUCCUUUAUUGGACCCAGAACGGAUCAGAUACGGAGGUUACGAUGAUAGCCCGGCGUUCUUGAACCUUUGGAAGAUCUCAUGGGUCAAUAUCUACAUCGUGGGAGACAUCGUGAUGAAAUCACUGGAGAAACACCACCACCACAUAUCAGACGAUCACAAAUGCAUGUGGUGGGACGAAGUCGAUAAAGAAGUAAACGAGUUUUACCAUACAGGCGCCGGCUCUUUUUUAGGCCGUUCACUGAAAUCAGCUCAGCGUGAUUAUAUGGACUACUGCAAAAAGCACCCGUCGCUGAUGGAACUGGAGGACUCGGACCAGGGGCAGGGGCACAGGGGAGAGGGAGGCCGUUUGCCGACUCCCGUGAGCGACGCAGGUUCUGAGAAUUUGGUUGACGAGGGAUAG